CCGCUCCUACAGGAACAGGCAGCGGCAAGUCGGCGGUGGAAGUCCAUCCCGAGUCAAAGAUGGGGGAAAUCAUCCUGCCUCGUCGCAUGUUCCUCUGGUGCAUGGCGGUCAUUUAUUUGGCCGCUUUCGUGUCCCUCUACGUGCAGAUACCAGGUCUCUAUGGCAAUGAGGGGCUGCUUCCCGCCCGUCGGCAGCUGCGUUACAGCGGGAAGCCUCUGCUGGAUCAGCUGCUGUCCUCUCCCACCCUUCUGUGGCUGGGACCUCAGCUCGGCCUGGACACCCACACCGCCAUGGAGCUGCUGUGUCUCGUCGGGGCCGCGCUGAGCCUCGCCGCCACGCUGGUGGAAGCUCUACGAGACAGCGUGGUGUUUUUCAUCCUCUGGGCCUUGUACAUUUCCAUGUACCAGGUGGGGCAGGUUUUCCUCUACUUCCAGUGGGACAACUUGCUUCUAGAGACGGGGUUCCUCUGUGUCCUUGUCGCUCCGCUGACAUUGAUCAGGGGGUCACGAGGGGUCAGAGAGCACGAUCGUGUGACCUUCUGGCUGAUUCGUUGGCUGCUCUUCAGACUGAUGUUUGCCUCUGGAGUGGUGAAACUCACAUCACGUUGUCCCACAUGGUGGGGCCUCACAGCUGUGACAUAUCACUAUGAGACUCAGUGCAUCCCCACACCGCUGGCCUGGUUUGCCCACCAGUUGCCAGUCUGGUGGCAGAAGCUGAGUGUGGUGGGAACAUUUGUGAUAGAGAUCGCUGUCCCUUUUCUCUUCUUCAGUCCUCUGCGAAGGCUGAGGCUUGGGGCUUUUUACUUUCAGGUGCUGCUUCAAGUUUUCAUCAUCUUGUCUGGCAACUACAACUUCUUCAACCUGCUGACAUUGACGCUCUGUCUGUCUCUUCUGGACGACCGGCAUGUAAAUUUCUGGCUGCGCAAGGCAGAUAAGACCAAUGAGGAGAACAAUGACUCCAAGCUGUGGUCGUGGCUGUGUUACCUGCUGGAGCUGACAGUCUGGGCUCUCGUGAUCUUUGGGACAAUCAUCUUCUUCGACCUGCAGCUGAAUACAGCUAAGAAUGGCAUCUCUUCCCGGACAGCAUUCACUUACCACCAGUUCAACGAGUUUCUGAAGACUGUUACUAUCCCGAGUGUCUGGAUCGGUGUCCUGUCUCUCACCUGGGAGAUGGUCAGAUCCAUGUUCAGGUGUGCGUGUGUCUCUGGAUUCUUGAAGAGGUUCUGGGGUACGGUCCAGUGGACUCUGUUUGCUGCUGCUAGUGCGUCAAUGUUUGCAGUCAGUCUGGUGCCAUUCACCUAUAUCGAGUAUGACUCUAAUGCCCGGCUGUGGCCAGGAGUGCGUCAGGCGUACAACUUAGUGGAUCGCUACCAGCUGACUAACUCGUACGGUUUGUUCAGAAGGAUGACCGGGGUUGGUGGGCGGCCAGAGGUUGUCAUUGAAGGAAGCCAUGACGGGAUCGAUUGGACGGAGAUUGAGUUCAUGUAUAAGCCAGGGAACCUAAGCGCCUCUCCUCCUGUGGUGACGCCCCAUCAGCCCAGGCUGGACUGGCAAAUGUGGUUUGCUGCUCUCGGGCCUCAUACACAGGCUCCGUGGUUCACCAGCCUGAUGUACAGACUACUGCAAGGCAAAGGAGACGUGAUUGAGCUGAUCCAGACGGAUGUAUCGCAGUAUCCAUUUCUCCAUCAGCCUCCUGCCUACCUCCGAGCUCACCGCUACAGAUACUGGUUCACUGAACCAAAGGCUGACGGGUCUUACCCACAGCGCUGGUGGAGGAGGGUCUACGAUGAGGAAUUCUAUCCCGUGGUGCACUUGGGCAACACUUUCCUGGAGAACAUGCUGAACCAGUAUGGGCUCAAGGACAAAUCGCCCCCACGGCGACCGUCCAACACCGCUGUUGCCCAGGCGGUGAGGUGGAUGCGCUCUCAGAUCAGAGGUGUUCCUGCCCCCACACUAAUCUGGACCCUCCUCGCCUGCAGCGCCACCUUCAGUCUGCUCCAGGGAUUGCGAAGCAGAAACAAAGGCACAGAAAGGACCUCAUGUGCUGAUGCUGACGCUACUGUGAGCGAUCACAAAGAAAAUGUGUCUGACAACUGCGAGAAGUCAGAUGAACAAGAGGAGGAGGAGGAAUACGAUGGAGCAAACAGUGAAGACGACGUAGAGGAAGGAGAAAGUGAGGAGAAGGACGCUGUCAGUGACGACGAAGAGGAUGUGGAGGAAGAUGGCAUUGAAAAAGAGGAUACCCCUGAAAAGAAAAAGUUUUGAAAAAGAUGCAGGUAAUCCCCUCAGUCUGCUAUCACCGCCUGCCUUUAUAGAAUCUCACCAAAAUGACCAAAGAAGUUGUUUUGUGUUUCUGGAUCUGCCACUUAUGGGGAAAAAAAAACACAUUUAUUCUUUCACCUUCACUUUCCUGCACCAUGAAGUACACACCUGUAUGUCACUUAAUCACUCUGGAGCAGUUUUAAUAAUGAUGAAAGCCUUCCUGGUUGGUUCACAUCCCGUCAGAAUAAUCAUGUCUGUUGGAAGCAGAAGAUGGAAUUUAAACUCUAAGCUGAACUCUGAUGUGUCCAUCAGCAGGGUAAAUGUGCUGUGUUUAUGUUAAAGUGCCACACUGUGUCUCCUGAUUGUGCUGUAUGUUGUAUGUUGUGUGUGUGUGUUUACUUGCCUCUUGCUGUAUGUUCAGACCCAAAACAAACAAGCACUUUUACUUUUUUCCACAAAUGAGUGUUUUGUUUUUGUCUUUUUUUUUUUUUAAGUAUUAGAAAUGAAACACCACACAGAACACUGCAGGUCUUUUAAAACAUUUUUAAACAUCAAAAUACAAUAAAAUAAAAAUAAUCAUUUGUA